AUGACAAUUCAAAUCCAACAAUCCGCCAUUGGAUUCGAAGGCUACGAAAAACGCCUUGAAAUUUCCUUUUCUACCCCUGGCCUCUUCGCAGACCCAAAAGGCCUCGGACUCCGUUCCUUAACCAAAACCCAACUCGACUCAAUCUUAUCCCCUGCUCAAUGCACAAUCGUUUCAUCUCAAUCAAACGAUUCAUUAGAUUCAUACGUUCUUUCAGAAUCCAGCCUCUUCAUAUACCCAUACAAGAUCAUAAUCAAAACAUGUGGCACCACAAAGCUCCUCCUUUCAAUCCCACAAAUCCUCCAUCUUUCUUCCCAUCUUGCCCUCACUGUCAAAUCCGUACGUUACACACGUGGGACAUUCAUAUUCCCAAAUUCACAACCCUUCCCACAUCGUAGCUUCAACGAAGAAGUAAUCACCCUCGAUGGGUAUUUUCGUAAUCUUGGAUUGGAUAGCAAAGCAUACGUCAUGGGUGAUGUCGACAAUAGUCAAAACACUAAAAAUUGGCAUGUCUAUUCUGCUUCAACUCCAAGUCAACCCGUUGACCAAACAGUUUACACACUCGAAAUGUGUAUGACGGAUUUAUCCAAGAAAAGCUCUUCAGUCUUUUUCAAGAAUCAAACAACUUCUUCUUCUUCUAUGACUGAAGUUUCGGGCAUUAAAAAGAUUCUACCCGGGUCAAAAAUUUGCGAUUUUGAGUUUGACCCAUGUGGAUACUCCAUGAAUGGGAUCGAAGAAGAUGCGAUUUCCACCAUACAUGUGACACCUGAAGAUGGAUUUAGUUACGCUAGCUUUGAAGCUGUAGGGUAUGACUUUAAAUCCUCUAUUGAUUUGACUCUUCUGGUUGAAAGGGUGUUAAGUUGUUUCAAUCCCAAUGAGUUUUCUGUAUCGAUGCAUGGAAAUGAGUUGAAGGGUUUUAAUGAUUUGAAGAUUAAGGGUUAUGGUGUUAAAGAAUCGAGCUUUGAAGAUCUUGGAAAUGGUGGUGUGAUGAUGUAUUAUGGGUUUGUUAAGGAAAGUCAAGGGGGGUGUUGUGGGUCCCCUAGAUCGAUUCUGUUUGGGUCGUGGAGUGAGAAUGAAGAUGAAGAAAUGGUGAUGAAUUGUUGCACACCAAGUAUUUGA